CUGGAGAACUCUGUGGACGGAAACUGUCGAUGAGGGGAGGGGUGAGCGAAAAAGUGACGCCGCCACAGUGUACACACACUUACAAGCCGGAGCUGAUACAGCGGGGGGGAAAUUGGGUUUCAUUUCUUUUUUUCUUUACUUUUCUAUUCAUUUUGAUUCUUUGUCAUUUGGGCCUCUUGUUGGUGGCGGCUCCGAAUGUCUCGCUCUUAAGUCAACAGGGCGAGCCUGGCUCACGCGCUGCUAUUUUGACAGUCCGGGGGUCGCGGUGAACCAGCACCAGCACCACCUUUACUAUCCACAGGCUAACAUUAGCCUCUGACUCAACUUGAGAGCGAGAAAGGAGGGAUUCUUCAACGCACACCCUCCUGUUUGUUUUUCUUCCAGCAAAAAAGGGCUCCCGAGUGGAAGAGGGACCAUGUUGCUGCACUGAGGCUAAGGGAGACACGCGAGAGGCCCCAGAGGAGCGCUGAGGUGGUGGCUGGCCCGUUGGUGUGCUCCUCCUCUCCGACUGGCCAGCAAGCUGCUCCCCCUUCAGUGCACCUGAUUGAUACCCUGAAGGCUAAGGCUUACUAUGGCCGGCACUUCGCCUCCUAUUGCAGUCCAGCCCAGUACACAACCUUAGUGGCUUCUUCUUCACUGCACUUUCCUCUCAAGUGUUUCCCAUUUGCACAGUCUGUAAAACGUGGAAAAACGAUCUGAUACAAGCCAAAGAAGCUCCUGGGUCUUGCACCCAACCCCUUCCCAUCUCCCACCCUCUCCCUCUCCCAGAAGAAGAUGUCAGUCAGCCUGACACCCGACAUCCAGACGGAGGGAGAGAGUGGGCCACUAAUUGAGCCCUGUGGUCGAGGAAAGACCUCCCCUCAGCCACAGGGCCCCAAGGAAGGGUCAGGAGAGGGUCCAGAACCUGAGGAUAGCUCACCACAAGAUGUACAGAAACGGGCUCCUAACCACAGUCAUGGCAGGAAAAGGGCCAAGUCUAAUGCUAAAGUGAAACUGGUGAGGAGUCUUGCAGUUUGUGAGGAGUCUUCUGGUCUCUUCCUAAAUGAUGGCCCUCAAGAAUCGGAUAUUAUCCAGCUUCACAUCAGUUGUCCGUCAGACAAGGAAGAGGAGAAAUCCUCCAAAGAUGAAUAUGAAAAUGAAGAGAAGGAGAAGAAGGACAAGACUCCACGGAAGAUGUUGUCACGUGACUCUAGUCAGGAAUACACUGACUCCACGGGGAUCGACGUUCACGAGUUUCUGGUCAACACACUGAAAAACAAUCCCAGGGAUCGAAUGAUGCUGCUUAAACUAGAACAAGAUAUCCUGGACUUCAUUAAUGAUGACAACAACCAAUACAAAAAAUUUCCUCAGAUGACAUCAUAUCACCGCAUGCUACUGCACCGCGUCGCCGCCUAUUUUGGAAUGGAUCACAACGUGGAUCAGACAGGCAAGGCGGUCAUCAUCAACAAGACGGGCAACACACGCAUCCCUGAGCAAAGGUUCUCAGAACACAUCAAGGACGAGCGCAACAUGGACUUUCAGAAGAAAUUUAUACUCAAGAGAGAUGACGCCAGCAUGGACAAGGAUGAUAAUCAGAUCCGUGUGCCACUGCAAGACGGCCGGCGUAGCAAAUCCAUCGAGGAGCGAGAGGAAGAAUAUCAGCGGGUACGAGACCGGAUCUUUGCCCGAGAAGUGUCCUUUUUUUUACAGUCCUCUCAGAAUGGAUACAUCAACGACAACAGACUUUCCACCGAGGGCUACUGCUCUAGCUCUCAAAAGAGGAGGCAGAUCUUUAGAGGGAACCGUGAUAGCUCCAGCCGGGCGUCCAGCAGUCGCCAAAGCAGCACGGACAGCGACAUGAAAUGCUUGGAGCCGCGGCCCUGGAGUAGCACCGACUCAGACAGCUCUAAUCGCACGCUUCGUCCUCCCGUCACCAAAGCCAGCAGCUUUUCUGGAAUCUCCAUCUUGACUCGUGGGGACAGCCUCGGCAGCAACAAAGGCUCGCAGGGAAACUGCAAAGGCUCUCGCUCUGGCCUGCCCCUAGUCAGUCCUGAUGUGUGUCCCCCACCUGUAGCCUCCCAGUCUAGCCGUAGCCUGCUCCCCUGCCCGACACAACCGCCCCAGCAGCCUCAACCCCAGGCCAUGCCUCAGACCGCCUUGCUGCCGACUCCGCAGCAACACCCCAUGGGCAACCACAUCAUAGCUCAGCCGGUAGCAUCUCUGCAGCCCUCUCAGCCUGUCUCCUACUCCAGCCCCUCCUGCCCCCAGGUUCUCCUGCCAGUAUCUCCUCCCCAGCAGUACACAAUGGGAGAAGAACUGGCACCCCAGUUUAGCCAAAUGACACUUAGCCGCCAGGGCUCCAGUGAGAACCCCGAGCCUCCCCCCUUGUACCAAGCUCCUCCCACUGUCCUCUCCCAGCACCCGCCUCCUCAGACCAGUUACAUCAUGGCCACCACUGGCCAGCCCAUACCUCCUCCGUCUGGUUACCAGCCUGCCACGGGGCAUCCGCACCCUCCACCGCCACCGCCUCCUCCGUCUCAGCCCGUCAUGCAGGCACCACCACCGCAGGGCUAUAUGCAGCCACCUCCGCCCCAGCAGAUCCAAGUUUCAUAUUACCCUCCUGGUCAGUAUCCUAGUUCAGGCCAGCAGUACCGUGUGGCCCAGCCCAUGUCCCACCAGGUGUCUUAUCCUGCUCAGCGCACGCAGCCCAUGCCUCAACCUACACAGCAGUCAGGUCUGCAAACAAUGAUGCCCAGUCAGCAGCCCAGCUACCAAAGCAUGAUGAGUGUGCAGCAGCCACAAAACCCCGCUCUGCUCAACUCCCAGAGAGCUGGCAUUGGAGGGCAAAUACAAAGUAUUAUGGUGCAGUAUCCACAGAUUCCAUCCUAUCAGGUGCCAGUGGCAAAUGAGAGCCAGCAGGUGGUGCAGCAGCAGUACCAGCAGCAGGUGAUGGUGCCGGUCAGCCAGUCGGUCCAGGGCCCCAUGCCUGUUUACUACAGUGUUAUCACACCAACACAGCAGAACAGCACAAGCCCAUCAGUAGGCUACCUGCAGCCCCCCAGCUCUGAGCAGUAUCAAAUCACCCCAUCGCCGUCCCCCUGCAACCCUCAACAGUUACAACAGCAAUACUCAGGAGUCCCGCCUCCUGGUCCCGGAGUCAUGGUAAUGCAGCUCAGCGUCCCUAAUGGACCGCAGCCUUCCCAGAAUCCUCCACUGGUGCAGUGGAACCCAUGCAAGUAUUACAGCAUUGAGCAGAGGCCUGGCAAGCCAGGAGAGCUCUACAAAGCUGAUAACACUCCACAGGCCAGCACCCAGCUGACGAGUCCGCUGGCCUCUCCAACUCAGUCCCCCACACCGUCUCCUGCUGGAAACGUUAGCAGCGUCUGUCCGGGCCUGGGACCAUUACCGCUCAUUCCCCAGUUUCCACGACCAGGAGGAACGGCUCCAGGUGAUGGCCGCUAUUCUCUACUGGGACAGCCCCUCCAGUACAGCCUGUGCCCUCCUCAGCUCAUGCAUGGCCAGUCGUCAUAUAACUCUCAUCAGGGCCAAGGAGUCAUGAAACACGGUGCACGAGGGAAGAAGCAAACACUGAAAUCGGCAUCCACUGAUCUCGGUACCACAGAUGUUGUGGUGAGUCGUGUGCUCGAAGUAACGGACCUGCCCGAGGGAAUUUCACGUCCAGACGCCGAGAAGCUCUUCAACCAGCUGUCUAUGUGCGGCGCCAAGAUCCAGUGGCUGAAGGAGCCUCAGGGAAGCCGGGGGGGCUGUGGGCCCGCAGGGGCCGCAGGUGUAGUGGGUGGCGGCGACCCGGCCCACCUGUACACGGUAGUGGCUGUGUUCCCUAGCACCAUGGCCGCCCAGAGUGCUUCCUUCAAACUGAACAACAGUGCGGCAGGCCUGUUCAAACUGAGGGCCGCCAAAAAGAACUAUGACCUGCGCGUGCUGGAGCGAGCCAGUUCUCAGUGAGAGGACGACACAUACGGACUUUUGGCGUGGAGCGGUGGAAAAAGGACGGAGGACUGAGGUGGAUUGGGGCGGGGGACUGCUUUUGGUGUAAAAUUAAAAAGGAAAAAAAAUGUAAACGUGUCAAAUGUAUAAAAAGGGAAGGUGUGAAUUUUGAGGUGGUCGGUGUUUGCGUUCAACUAAGAAUUAGUCGUUGGUUUUUAUUCCUCGUUUUUUUGUAUUUAUAUAGCUGAAGAGCACACGGGACACGCCAGCAUGCGUUUCACCCAAGAAAUUUGUGCUGCCGUUAAAUGCGAUCUCUUACGCACACACACUCACUACAGGAGACACACACACGCACACAACAGGUCACGUAGCACACAAACUGAAAACUCACACUGGACAGUUGACCUCAGUCAAACCUCUACGUCCUCCACCUUUGCGUCCCUUCUUCCAGUCAUCUGCCAUCUCGCCAAGUCAAACAUUCUCUGAGUCCAUCGUCUCAUGCUGCUCUGCAUUUUCUCUCUCUGUCUCGCUCUUCUCUCGCUUUUUGUUUGCCUUACUGCUGUUGUGGGGUUCUGUAUUGCGCUCUUUACGUGGGAGGGAGAGGGUUCAAUAUAUUUAUAUAAGUGAUGUAAGGAAUAAAGAAAUCUAUAUAUUCAGUGAUUUUUUUUUUUCUUUCUUCCUCCCCGAGUGAAAAGUUUUUGGCCUUUUCUUUUUCCUUCGCCUCCUUCCCUCCCUCUUCAUUCCCUGCUCCAAUUCCCCACAUAGCCCCUCUUUACUGGCCUCUCCCACAACGCCUAACCGCCCCUCACCCCACGUUGUGUUUGCGUUUUUUUUUUUUUGUUGACAGCUGUGCAGAAAGUAUCAGAAAAUGUAGUUGAAGUGCACAAUGAUUGCAUAUGUCUACUGUAAAUUUUAUUUAAUCUGUUAUUUUUUUGUUUGUUUUUAAAAAUAUAAAAGGUGAAAAACCAAAGAAAGAA